CAACUGCCGAUCCCGAAUUCGAUUUGUCCUCAAUGCAACAUGCUGCAAAUAUGAAUAUCGCUGAUUUCCAGCGAGAAUGCAUAAAAAACAAAGUUUGCAUGGUGAAAACACACUUGUGUUACCUUAGUGAACAACUGCAACCUGAGUAUAAUCAUUGUUACAAUAAAGAGGAAUUGCAGGCGCUAUGGACUGCGCACGGUUAUUUGAUAAGCGUGAGACACACACCAACGGAAUUCGAUAUGGAGAAAUUUAUCACUUCGGCUUAA